UCUGUAGAUGUCGCUGCUGUCGUUUCAAUCGGAGUGAGAGGCAAACGAGGCAACUUCAAGGACAAGAAUAACCCUCAUCACCGCUAGGUGGCGAUCCAGCACGGGGGAUGGGAGGAGAGGAGCCAAACAGAGAGAAAGUGGUGGGAGGAACUGGCGGGAGGAGGUCUUAAUGAGACGUAGGAGAGCUCCCCCCCCCCAACCCUGUGAGGGCUGCCACAGAAUUGUGGUGAUAAAUAUUCCUGGCCAGGCGGUCUGUCCGUCACUUGCAGGCCGGGGCCACUGCUGUGACAGAAGUCAGCUCUGGGACGUCUCACCACUUCGCCACUCCUGGGCUGCCUGGACUUCUGUACAGACCACUCUAAUCCGUUUAGCACAACAAAUCACACCAGAGACAGCAAGAUGAACAGUUUUCCCUUACCGAGCGCCACCCAGAUCUUCUGUUUUCUAUCCAUUCUACUACUCAUCUCGACUCGAGCAGUUACAUCAAGUACGUCACCCACAAGCCGACAACAAGAAUCAUUAGCACAGAAGAAUACCAGAAUGCACUGGGGGCCGCAACAUUUUCUGGGAUGGCUGCCCAUUAGGACAAGACGCUCAGAAAUGGACAAUCGACUGGAGAUGAUGGGGCCAAGCAAAAGCUAUGACCUCAGUCCAGAAGCCACAGCGCUCGGGGAAUCCAUCAUGGACGAAUUUAUUUUCUUCCUAACCCUUAAAGAGGCGGGAGUUCUCGAUCUGUGUAUGCAGUUCAAGUGAAGCACCUGCUUGCACGUGCUGAAGCAUGCCCACCGCGUCACCGCUCCUCUUUGACCUCAUGUCUGCAGGCUUGACACGACGUCACGUGACCAGCUCACCCAGGGCCGGAGAGAACGCUUGAAGUACUAACUGGUUUUGAAAGUGAACGCCACGUAACAUUUUUCAAUCCCCGUUUUUGUCAGCUUUGCGAGCUAGGUCUGGAUAUUGAUGGUCUGUGUCCUUUAAUUUCAAAGAAUACAUCGGCAUUGAGAUUCUGAAA